UUCAGUCUCCUCAGUUGACGAAAGCAUCACCUCAAGAAACGUGGAUGGCCAAAGAUGGUCUCCUUUCAGGAAAUGUAGAGGACAGCACAAUACACGGUGGCAGAUUACUGAUGUUAUCAUUAAAAUGGUAUUUACCAUGUGCUAGGUAAUUUGCUUAAUGAGUCAUUUCAUUUAACCCUCACAACAGCCCUGUGAAAUGGGUACUAACUUACAUGCAUGAAAACUGGCACAUACAGAGGUGAAGAAACACAGACAGUCCCAGAUCGCCUGAGUGCCGUUGAGAGGCUUUUGAUCUGUCUCCAGAGUCCACGCUCCUAACCACAAGCCUAUACUGCCUCUGCUGAACCGUGGAGAAGAGGCCCAGUAUCUGCUUCAUUAAACCGUUCUGUCUUGCGGUUGUUUAAGCAAAGAAACAAAGGCAUUUUAAAAGGAGAUUUCAAUCUCUGUGAAAAAAAAAAAAGCCUUAUAUAUUCAUGUUUGCACCAAUCUCCUGUGAAACUCAUGAAGAAAACCCAAUUGAGGACAACACUCCGUGGAAGCUAGCAGAUACAGCAGGUGGUCCUUGAGGACUCUUUGUUAGCAUCCUGUGAUAAUGAGCACAUGGACUUCUGUUCGUCAAAUUCAUCGACCACUUUAGCUAACUGCCAAGAGCCUGGAUCUGACUUCCAACCAUUGACAUCUUUGAGAAAAUUGAUUUAUAUACACCUUUGAAAAGCAUUGAUGAAUGAAUCAGAAUUUUAGCAAACAAAGAAAAGUAAAAAAAACUUACUAAAAAAUCUGAUGUAUUGAAAACUACAUUGAGGCAAGACUAACUUUUCUAUUUAUCUUCCAAGAACUAAUGUAAUUGCCACCUUAAAAAGAAAAAAUGAACAGCACAUGUAUUGACGAACAGCACGACCUGGAUCACUAUUUAUUUCCAAUUGUGUACGUCCUUGUGAUUAUAAUCAGCGUUCCAGCCAAUAUUGGAUCUCUAUGUGUGUCUUUUCUGCAAGCAAAGAAAAAUAGUGAAUUAGGGAUUUACCUCUUCAGUUUAUCACUAUCAGAUUUGCUAUAUGCAUUAACUCUCCCCAUAUGGGUCAAUUAUACUUGGAAUAAAGACAACUGGACUUUCUCUCACACCUUGUGCAAAGGGAGUACAUUCGCCAUGUACAUAAACUUUUACAGCAGCACAGCAUUCCUCACCUGCAUAGCUGUUGACCGAUAUUUGGCAGUUGUCUACCCUUUGAGGUUUUUCUUCCUAAGGACAAGAAGAUUUGCAUUCAUGGUCAGCGUAUCCAUCUGGGUAUUGGAAACCAUCUUCAAUGCUAUCAUUUUGUGGGAAGAUGAAACAACUAUUGAAUAUUGUGAUGGCCAAAAGUCUAAUUUUACUUUGUGCUAUGACAAAUACCCUUUGGAGAAAUGGCAAAUCAACCUCAACUUGUUUAGGACAUGUACAGGCUACGCAAUCCCUUUGGUCACCAUAAUGACUUGCAACCAGAAAGUCUACCAAGCUGUGCGGCGUAACAAAGCCACAGAAAACGGUGAGAAAAAAAGAAUUAUAAAACUACUUAUUAGCAUCACAUUGACUUUUGUCUUAUGCUUCACUCCCUUUCACGUGAUGCUGCUGAUUCGCUGCAUUUUAGAAGGUGAUACAAAUUUUGAUAACCACAGCAGAUCUGGGAAGCGGACUUACACAAUUUAUAGAAUCACGGUCGCAUUAACAAGUUUAAAUUGUGUUGCUGACCCAAUUCUGUACUGUUUUGUAACUGAAACAGGAAGAUAUGAUAUGUGGAAUAUAUUAAAAUUCUGCACUGGGAAGCGUGGUACAUCACGAAGGCAAAGAAAACACCUACUUUCUACAUCUACAAAAGAUACUGUGGAAUUAGAGGUCAUGGAAUAGAGCCAAGGAUAUUUUAGGGGUGGGGAGGGUAGAGAGAGGGGAAAUAAAGUACACAGUAUUAAGUCAUCUUGAUAAUACAAUUAUAUUUUGAAAAGCAAAUCUAGAACUAAGGGCUCACAGAGAUUUUUUUUUAUCCUAUCCAAUAGAAAUAUUUUUAAAGCUCAUUGUAUAGCUCACCCCUUCAAUUUG